AUGGCGCUGACGCACGCGGUCGCUCACGGCGCGGCGGCGGCGGCGGCGGCGGGCGCAGGCAAGAAGGCCGCCCAGGUCCAGUUGCAGGCCGAACUCAACACCGACGACGACUUCGCCCACUUCCUUCAGAGGGAUGGACUGCUUGUGGUGGACGUGUACACGGAGUGGUGCGGGCCUUGUCUGGGAAUGGUGGGCAACCUCAAGAAGAUCAAGGUGGAGCUGGGCGGCGACAACAUGCACCUGGCCGUGGCGAAGUCUGACACCAUCGAGUGUCUCAAGAGGUUUCGGAACCGCAGCGAGCCCACCUGGAUGUUCCUCGCGGGCGGACAGCUGUUGAACGUGGUGUUCGGUGCGGACGCGCCGCGCAUCGCGCGCACUAUCGAGCACGAGCUGCGCCAGGAGGAACUCGUGCGCCGCGGCGAGCAGCAGAGGGUGCAGCGCGCGCCGCACGAGCUCACGCCGCACGAACAGGAGGCGGCGGACGCGAAGGCGCGGGCGGAGGCGGCGCGGCGCGAGCGCGAGGCGGCGGCGGCGGCCGAGGCGCGCACGGCGCGUCGCGAGGCGCGGGCGCGCAGCAUCGAGCCGUACUUCGGCGACGCCUGCCCCGCGCUGCUGCUGCCGCACGCGCAGAAACACUUGCGGAAGGUUACGGACGCCCUCGAGCCUUUCGGUGUGGUGGUAGCCGACAAGUGUCCGCUGGUGGUGGGGCGGGAGGUGGUGCGGGCGCUGGCGGCGGAGGAGGCGGAGCUGGGCGUGGCCGGGGCGGCGGCGGCGCUCGUCGAGCGGCCGUCGCUCGCGCUGCUGCUCAAGAAGCUACCCGACAGAGAGGGCGACGUCAUCGAACUAUCCCGACGUGCGCUGUUCGGCGACGGGGUGGGGGCGGAGGAGGAUCCACCUAAGCGGUACGUGGGGGAGGAGCUGCGCGCGGGUGACGUGCCGGGCCUCUUCGUGCCCGCCGACCGACACCAGCGCGCCGCCGUGCUCGACCUGCUCUUCCCUAAGACGGUGAGCGCGGUGUCCCCGCCGCCCGCCGCGCCGCCGCCGCCGCACGUGGCGGUGGUGUGCGGGGCGUGGCAGCGGCGCGCGGCGCUGGCGGCGUCGGGCGCGCAGCUGCUGUGCUACGGCUUCUUCGCCGACGCCAGCAUACACCAGCCGCGCCUGCUCUGCAAGACUCUGGACCAGUACGAGGACCGCCCGGAGAAGGACUAG